CCGCCGCCACCGCUACCGCCGCCGCCGCCGCCGCCGAGGUGACUGAGGAGAGAGGCGCCUCCUCGCUCCCGCCGCCGCCGGACUUCAAUGCCCAGUCCCCAGCUCGCCAGCGUUUUUCGUUGGAAUAUACGUUGCACAUUUAUGGCGAUUCUGAGCGUGAGGGCAGACUUCUGCCAGGCUCAGCACAGCGUUUUCGCUGACAAGUGAGCUUGGGGCUUCUAUGUGCCAUAAUUAACAUUGCCUUGAAGACUCUGGACACCGAGACUGGCCUCAGAAACAGUUGGCUUUUUUUUUUUUUUUUUUUUUAUUGCAAGCAUAUUUCUUUUAAUGACUCCAGUAAAAUUAAGCAUCAAGUAAACAAAAGUGGAAAGCAACCUACACUUUUAACUUGUCUCACUAGUGCCUAAAUGUAGUAAAGGCUACUUCAGUUUUGUAUGUAGUUGGAAUUUUUGGAGUCCGAAGGUAUCCAUCUGCAGACAUUGAGGCCCAAGUUGAAUUUGGAUUCAAGUGGAUUCUAAAUACUUCUGCUUACCUUGAAGAGAGAAGCUUCUUAAAGAAUAAACAAGUUGAAUAGAGAAAACACUGAUUGAUACUAGGCAUUUUAGUGGUCUUUUUAAUGUUUUCUGCUGUGAAACAUUUCAAGAUUUAUUGAUUUUUUUUUUCAUUUUCCCCAUCACACCUACACACGCACUCUCACACUUUUUAUUUGCCAUAAUGAACCGUCCAGCCCCUGUGGAGAUUUCCUAUGAGAACAUGCGUUUUCUGAUAACUCACAACCCUACCAAUGCUACCCUCAACAAGUUCACAGAGGAACUUAAGAAGUAUGGAGUGACAACUUUGGUUCGAGUUUGUGAUGCUACAUAUGAUAAAGCUCCAGUUGAAAAAGAAGGAAUCCACGUUCUAGAUUGGCCAUUUGAUGAUGGAGCACCACCCCCUAAUCAGAUAGUAGACGAUUGGCUGAACCUGUUAAAAACCAAAUUUCGUGAAGAGCCAGGUUGCUGUGUUGCAGUGCAUUGUGUUGCAGGAUUGGGAAGGGCACCCGUGCUGGUUGCACUUGCUUUGAUUGAAUGUGGAAUGAAGUAUGAAGAUGCAGUUCAGUUUAUAAGACAAAAAAGAAGGGGAGCAUUCAAUUCCAAACAGCUGCUUUACCUGGAGAAAUACCGACCUAAGAUGCGAUUGCGUGUCAGAGACACCAAUGGGCACUGCUGUGUUCAGUAGAAAGAAGUGUAAACGAAGGCUGACUUGAUUGUGCAUUUAGAGGGAACUCUUGGUACCUGGAAAUGUGAAUCUGGAAUCUUAACUGUGUCACCAAAGUAGCGAUGGAUUCAGUACUCCUCAACCACUCUCCUAAUGAUUGGAAAAAAGCAAAAAAGAAAUCCCUCUAUAACAUGAAUAAAAUGUUUAAGAAAAGAAAAAAAAGAAAGAAAAAAGGGAUUAAUUCAGUGAAGGAUGAGUUUGCUCCUAAUUGUUGGAGUUUGAAUUUCUGUCAGAAUUGAAUUAUAUCAAAAUCCCCUGUCUUUUUUAACUUUUCAAACUAGGUCUCUAAGGAAAACCAGCAGAACAUUAGCCUGUGCAGAACCAUCUGUUUGGGGAGCACACUUUUCCAUUAUGCUUGGCACAUAGGUCUCCCUGUUGUGGGACUUUCUUUCUUUCUUUUUCUUUUUGGUGGUGGUGGGCGUAUAUUUUUCUCUUCUCUUCUUUCCCCAUCCCCCCCACCCCCCACCCCCGACACAAGUUGUAGAUGGAAUAGGAGAAGCCCUUGUUGCUGUAGACGUGUGUGCAGUCUGGCAGCCUUAAGCCCACCUGGGCACUUUUAGAAAAAACAAACAAACAAACAAAAAAACCAACAAAAAAAAAGAAACAAAACACAC